UUUAAUUCUGUUUCACCUUGUCAGUACUCGCAAUCCUUCUUAAUUGACUAAUUACCAUAUUAUUUUCGAAUAUCUCAACAAAAAUUUUUUUUUUUUUUUUCUUAAUACGUUGUUACAAGGAAAUUGGGUUUGCUUGAAUGCAAGCUAAUAUCAAGAUAAACGAGUUUUGAAGAUGAUACCAAGUUGUUCGUGUUGCUGGACCGGUAUCCCAAACUCCUUUUCUGCCGGUGAAGUAACUCCUCCUCUCUAUGUGCGUAUUGAUCAAAACUGAGUCCAAGAAGUAUCGAUAACAUGACAUCCAUUCCAAACAAGUCUUGAAAGAAUUACUCAGAAAGUAGUUUAUUACGCACUUUUUUUUUUGUUUGUCUGUUUUUGUGGGAUUUACAACUUUUUGUAAGGAAAGGCUUGAUCGCGUUUGGAAUCUGUUGUAACCAACAUUUUUUUCACUUGUUUCUACCUGUGUACUAAAAACAAUCUGGUUUGUGUGCACCUGUCUUGAAAACUAUUAAAUACGGGAAAAAACUUAAAGGACGAGCCAAGGAGCUGAGGGAAAAGCUUGCCCCCAUGUCGAGGCCAGAUAUACCCCCAGGCUAUGAGGAUAAAAAUAAUCCUAUAUACCCUCCCCAAUCUGGAGAGUAUCCUCAGCCACCACCAUAUGGUAGCUUGCCAGGUUCUGGAGGAUACCCACAGCCAUGGGCGUACCCACAGCCAGGGGCCUACCCACAGCCAGGAAUGUUCCCUCAGCCAGGAAUGCAGCCCAAUCCCAACAACCCGGCUGGAAUGCCUCCAAUCAUGCCCCCCAUGAUGCCUCCCAUGAUGCCACCAACUGCCCCCCUAAACGGAGAUGGUAAUACAACAUAUGACGGACAUGGUGAUAAUACUGAAGGAUUCACUGCAAGCAACUGGAAUGAUAAGAAUGUCCGGCAUGCUUUCAUCCGGAAGGUAUACCUCAUCCUGGCAGCACAGCUUCUUGUUACAGUGGCAUUUGUUGCCAUUUUUACAUUUUGUCAGCCAGUGAAGUCAUUUGUUGUCACAUAUCCAGCUGUGUACUGGGUGUCUUAUGGGGUUUUCUUCGUAACCUACAUUGUGCUGGCUUGCUGUGAAGGGCCAAGGAGACGUUUCCCUUGGAAUGUCAUUUUACUGGCAAUAUUUACCCUGGCUAUGUCCUACAUGACUGGAACAAUUGCAAGUUACUAUGACACAAAGGCUGUGUUUCUGACCCUUGGUAUAACAGCAAUUGUCUGCAUCAUUGUCACCGUCUUCUGUUUUCAGACAAAGGUGGACUUCACAUCAUGCGGAGGCCUAUUCUCUGUCCUUGGGAUUGUUCUCUUUGUCACCGGAAUCAUCACUGCUGUCGUACUGUCAUUUAAAUAUAUUCCAUGGCUUCAGAUGUUAUUUGCAGCCCUUGCAGCUGUUAUAUUUACGCUGUUUUUGGCCUAUGACACACAGCUGAUCCUGGGCAAUAAGAAAAAUGCAAUCAGCCCCGAGGAAUAUGUUUAUGGAGCUCUCCGACUAUACACUGACAUUGUCAACAUUUUCAUAAGUUUACUGCAACUCAUUGGGGCAAUCAAAUAGCAUUGUUGCAGAGUUGUCCUGUGGACUACUACAAUGAUGCUAUAUGGUAACAGCUUUGACCAAACGUUUUUACCUAGUUACAGUAUAUAGUAUGUGUACCGGAAUAUUACAUGAUAAAUUUGUGUGGCUAAAGUGUAUUUCUUGUUUCAUUAAUGUUAUAUUUAUAGGUAAUGUUACAUUUUAAAGUUUCAUCUCAAAACCCUUUUCAAGGUUAACUAAACUCAUUGUUACCUACAAAUAUGCAAAAUAUGAACUUGAUUACUGGAUUACAUCCGAUUAGCAUUGCUAGUAGAUUACUCUAUGAUUUGUUAUGGCAUACAAUCGAUGUUUGAGUGGAAAAACAAAUGGAAUUUCAUGAAAUGAAAACAUGCAUAAAAAAGGGUUGCAGUUUUUAAUCAAAAGGUUAAACUUGGGGUGUUGAACUAUUCCAUUGAUUUUGUUGAAUUAGUUUAAAUCUAAUAUAUUCUAGAGUACUGCUGUCAUGUACAAAACAGGCACCAUUUAGUUUGUUUACCAUGUAUAUAUCCAGUACUUUUCCAAAAAAAUUUAACUUAAGUGAUGGUUAAAGGCGUCACUGUAACGUUUUUUUAAGUGGAUAAAUACACUGAUAUUAUUGUACUAAGCUGAACCAGUCAUCAUAGGAUUGGCUGAUUGUUACCACCAAGUAUGUUGUUUACAGAAUUUUAAAGUGCUAACAGGCACAUUGUUUAUUAUGUAUCUUUUUAUAAUAUAUUCCAUACACUCUUUAAAA